UCAAGCUAAACAUGUCACUGAUGAAACCUCUGAUUUUAUUCCAACCACAGGUGUGACAUUAUAUAAGUCUGUUGAGUCUUUUUGAUUGGAUAAGAAUUAAAUCAACCCUGCAGUAGAGCUAACCACAGAGACUCAGUUUAACCUGUUUUUAUACAUUUUAACUCUUUCUCAAAGGAAUUUAUGCAUCUACAUGAAGCAUUAACAAAAGUGAGUUAGCUGAUGAUAAUGUCUUUUACCUGGUGAGAAAAACGUGUUUUUAAUAUUUUUACAUAAGUACAUUUCGGCUGCAUUAGAAAUAUAAUCAUAAAUACAGUUUUAGUUUCAGCUGAACGUUGCUGAGGUCACAUUUCCCAGCCUUUUAACUGACCACAUGAGUCUACAUGGACGUCUCUCUGCAUUUAGACUGAAUGUAAAGUUUUCAAAAGGACACUGACAGCUUCCUCUCUGCCUGCAUGUCACACACUCCGAAAUAUAUCUGAGUUUAUCAUAACCUGCCACCGCCGCUGCCUCCCCCGCCGCUCUCUAACCUCCGCUCCCUCCCGCCCUCUCUGUCGGCCCCGAGCUGCCCCUGCACUGUUGCCGGUGAGAGCUAUUAAUCCCCUGCGUCCACGGUUUACUCUGAGCCCGUAUUUAAUUCCUCUAAACCCCCAGCUGCCGCCCUGGUUACUCACUGAACACGACAGACUGUGAACCGUUCUGGUUAUUAAUAAUUCACCAGCACUCCGCUCCGCUUCUCCGGCCACGGCCGCAGGACACCGCACGUCCUGGUGCGUGCGUGCAGCCACGCUGUGUUUUCACUUCUAGCAUUUGUUUGCUUGAUUUUGGCUGCUCGGUGUCUCACACGGGGAUACACAGAUAGACGUGCAUUCACCUCCGUGUUAGUGUCUAGCCUAUAGACAGUCCCGGCUGGCAUUGCCCACCAAGUCCCGCUAGUCUCACCAACUCUGAUGUCUCGGAUGUUGCGACAUCCGCGCUGCCACAUGGUGAGUUUUGUUUCAGACGCCGUCCUCUCCGCGACUUUCUUCGGAUACUGAAGAACAGGUGGAGGAGGACCGGAGGAGGAACUCCACUUUUUCAUAUCAGCAAAGCCGGAGCAUGCACAAGGGAAAGCGCGCGGCGUCGUCCCCUCUUGCAGGAGCAACAGCUGAUUUGGUGAGCGCGUAAGCAGAGAGUGCAGGCUACUUACUGUCGGUGCACAGCCAGACUCCUGCUCUGUCACUCGGGCUCAGACGGUGACUGUGUCGGUGGCGCAGAGCGCGGCGACUCGGUGGACAUUACGGAACCGGGACAGACUGGAGAGAGAGCAGCGCGCGCUGACAGGAGAGCUCAGUCUGGGGACGGACGACUUUCAUGGAAAUAAUCACGAGUUGAAAUCGAACAUAAACUCUUUGCAUGCAGAAGACGGGAAGCAGACGAAUUGGAUUAUACGGCUCUGUCCUUCUUUGCCUUGACUGAGAAGAGUUGACUACAAAUUUGAAGAAAAAAAAAAAUGUUUACCGGGCACCAGGCCGUGUAUUAGGGCUCUUUUGCUUCCGGUAUAAGGCCCAGCUGAACAAGAAACCGAGCAGUUUUCUCUCUCCCACACACUUUUUUUUUUGGAAGCCGAACUUUUGAGAGUGGAAAAUGGGUCUCUGAGAGUGUUGGCACAUUUCCCUACACCACAAUGGCAACUGAAACCUUUCUGUUGAACGAAGAACCCUCCAGAGGUCCUGGGAUGCCUGAAUGCUUUGUAGUAUCAGAUUCAUACAGGUAUUACCCUACUCACCUUCUAAACAAUGCCUUAGUGGAUGAAUUUCAUCCCUUCAUUGAGGCCCUCCUCCCCCAUGUCCGUGCCUUCUCGUACACCUGGUUCAACCUGCAGGCCCGCAAGCGCAAGUACUUCAAGAAGCACGAAAAGAGGAUGACCAAGGACGAGGAGCGCGCGGUGAAGGACGAGCUGUUGGGGGAGAAGCCAGAGAUCAAGCAGAAGUGGGCCUCGCGCCUGCUGGCCAAGCUCCGCAAGGACAUCCGGCCCGAGUUCCGCGAGGACUUUGUGCUCACCAUCACGGGGAAGAAGCCACCCUGCUGCGUGCUGUCCAAUCCAGACCAGAAGGGUAAGAUCCGCCGCAUCGACUGCCUCCGCCAGGCCGACAAGGUGUGGCGGCUGGACCUGGUGAUGGUCAUCCUGUUCAAGGGCAGCCCCCUGGAGAGCACGGACGGGGAGCGGCUGGUCAAGUCGCCCCAGUGCUCCAACCACGGCCUGUGUGUCCAGCCGCACCACAUUGGAGUGACGGUCAAGGAGCUGGACCUCUACCUGGCCUACUUCGUCCACACACCAGAACAAUCAGGACAAUCAGACAACUCAAACCAGCAAGGAGACACAGACGUCAAACCCCCACCAAAUGGCCACUUGAGUUUCCAGGACUGCUUUGUGACUUCAGGGGUGUGGAACGUAGCUGAGCUGGUCCGUGUGUCACAGACCCCAGUGGCUACAGCGACCGGCCCCAACUUCUCUCUGGCCGACCUGGACAGCCCUGGAUACUAUAACAUCAACCAGGUGACCCUGGGACGGCGCUCCAUCACCUCCACCCCCUCCACCAGGACUGAAAUGGAGCUUUAUGCAAGUCUCCCACGGAGCUCCAACAAGCGCAAGUCCAUUGACGACAGUGAGAUGGAGAGCCCGGUGGACGAUGUCUUCUACUCAGGCCGUUCCCCGGCGGCUGGCAGCAGCUCUCAGUCCAGCGGUUGGCCUAAUGAUGUGGAUGCAGUGCAGCACCAUUUGGCCAGUGUGCAGGAGAGGAAGAUUAAGCAUGAGAGCGAUGGAGUGCAGUUUCCUUACCAUGGACUGUCAUCGCCUGGUUCUCUUAAGAAGCCGGGGAAAUUCGAUUUCAGCGCCCUGUCCUCCCAGACGAGGUCCCCCCGCAUGGCGUUCACCCACCACCCACUGCCAAUGCUGGCGGGAGUGAGACCAGGGAGUCCUCGUGCUUCAGCCUCUGCCCUGCACUUCCCGUCUCCCUCCAUCAUCCAGCAGUCUAGCCCCUACUUCACCCACCCAACUAUCCGCUACCACCACCACCCUGGACAGGACCCCCUGAAGGAAUUUGUGCAGUUUGUCUGUGCUGAUGGCUCGGGGCAGGCCGCCGGACAGCCAAACGGGAGCGGCCAGAGCAAAAUGCCAGGCUCCUUCUUGCUGCCUCCACCUCCCCCAGUGGCCCGCCCAGUGCCCCUCCCUAUGCCCGACUCUAAACCCAACAGCACGCCCCCUGACGGCGGACUCUCCUCGCCCGCAUCUCCGUCAUACUCCACGCCAGGCGCCACAGCUCCCAACAGGUUUGUCGGCAUCGGAUCACGGGACAACAACUUUCUGAACAUCCCGCAGCAGACACAGUCUUGGUUCCUCUGACAAGAUCUGUGUACAAACCAGCAACUAGAAUUCUUUCUUUACAAUCGGAAAUAGAAAAACAGAGAAACAACCCACAGGAUAAUAAUUGUCCUCCAACCAACCCACUGACCGGCCCUGACAGUAUGUCUCACCUGAUACAAAAUAUAACCAAGCAACACAGGAAAUUGCAGCAGCAGCAUGACACUUUUAGAGGAACUCUGGACUCAUUUACCCAGUCAGAGGGAGGACCCGUUUUAAGCAAAGAUGGAAAGAUGGAAAGAUGAAUGAAUGGACAAGAGGAAUGCCAGGAUAGAGAAGGAGUAAGGGGACAAACAGCACCAAGCAGGCAUCUCUCCCGAAAAACCACCGAACCAGCACAACACAGCAGAAAGGAGGAACCUGAGGAUGAAAAAGUGGUCGACUUCUCCUACUUCAUGAGGAUGCAUUGUGUAAUGAAUGGCAAAGAAAAUCAACUGUCCAACAAAAUCAGAUUUUCCAGAUGAAACAUUUAACCUACAAAGCUACACCCACCAUGAAUCCACAGCCUGAUCAAAGCAAAGACACAAUUAGGUUUCCAAUGAAAGCUGCAGUCCAUGCUCCUGUGAUGUCUGUCAUCACCCAAAACAAAAUCAAAUUGACCAACGUUUCUCUCUCUCUGAGUGACCAUUGACUUUAUAAAGCCCCUCUUUUUACCCUACUACUAACUAGAGAGAGACCAUGCCAAAACAUUUCUUGAUUAAGGGUUGCACUACAAGCUGAAUCAAUUAACACUAAUCUUAAUGAUGUGCACUAUUUACCUACAAGGCAUGGGAGGUAAACCAGACUUGCCUAUCAAGAGUUUUAAAGAGGAAAAAUCAAGGUACAAGAAGCCUUCAUGUGUCCUCAACCCCCAUUGUUCAGUUCGACAAAUCAUUGGCCUCCGCUCGUUCUCACAUUUCCCCGCACAACACACACUCACUACAAUCUGUGCCAUGACCACAGUAUGUAUGUACAAUUGAAGACAACACACACUCACAGUUGCCCAGUCUCACCUUUUAGAUUGUAGUAUUUAUUGGUGGUGGUGUUGUGUUAUCAUAUUUUCAUUUUAAAUGCACAUACAGUAAAGCCCAGUGAACUCUCUCUCUACCUAUUUGAUUAGAUUUCCAAACCAAUGCACAUGCUGAAAAUCUGUGUGUGUACAUCAUAACUGACAGUUUUCACGAUUAUAGACAGCAGCUAUUGAUUCCCCUUUUUGCCCUCUUGUAAUGUAGAUGAAUGAUUUUGUUCUCUUGUGUGUUCUCUUAUUUGAAUUUAUUCCUUUUGGAUUUGUACUAUUUUAUAAUUGUUUUAUAUUUGAAUGACAGCACCUUAUAGAGAAACACAGUAAGAAGUGGGAUGUUGAAGCGGCAUAGACAGGGUGGUUAGCUUACCUGGACCAAAUAGUAGUUGCAAAAACUUCAAGAGAAAGUUUGACAUAUUGAGAAAUGUACUUAUUCACUUUGUUGCUGAGAGUUACAUGAGGAGAUUAAUAGCACUCUUCACUCUAUAUGGUAAAUAUGAAGCUACAACUAGCAGAUGUUAGCUUAGCCUAGCAUACUAAUUGGAAACAGGGGGAAACAGCUAGCCUAACACUGUCCAAAGGUAACAAAAUCCACAAACCAGCACUUCUUGUUUGUUUAGUCUAUAUAAAAUGUUAAAUUUAAAAACAACAAAUUGCCGUUUUGUGGUGGUUGGGACCUGGCAACUGUUGACAGCCAAGAAAUAUUCUGGAUCUUAGCCUUUGUAAAACAGUAAAUUGUUAUUUUUACACUUUGGUUUUUAUGUGGGGUAAACAAUGUGACAUAGUGGUCUGCAUGCAGUCUAGGAAGUGUAAUGUUUAUUGGUCACCACAGCACCUUGUCAGUUGACAUUGCAUUGUGUUGCGAAUGUUACCCUCGGACAGAACCAGGAAAGCUGUUUUCUCUUGUUUCCAAGCUUUAUGCUAAGCUAAGCUAACCAGCAGUUGGCUGUAGCUUCAUAUUUACUGUACAGACAAGAGUGGUGUCAAUCUUCUCAUCUAAUGCUUAGCAACAAAGCAAAUGAGUAUAUUUUCCAAAAUCUCAAACUUCUCCUUUAACAUGGUGUGUUUGUUCUCAGUGCUAGAUAAACCCAUUUGCCACACACUUUACUGCAGGACCACACAAUGCAGGGUUUUGACAAUCACAGGAAGCCUAUCCUCUGGGAACUUACCUGCUGAACCGUACAAAUCAACAAAAUUAGCCGCAUCUACUGUUUGACCCAGGUAGAGCUGCUGACUGGUGGUGGUGAUAUGUGAGAGAUAGAAAGCCAGAAUCAAGGACGGAAGGUUGCUGAAGAUGGGACCCAGAUUAAAAGAGAGAGUAGCUCUUCUUUCUGUCUCCCUAAAGUUUACCCUGUUGUUUACACUCCCAGACGAGCCGCUGCUCCAAGAGCAGAGGGAGCCACACUGUGGAGCAAAAUGAAUAUGUGACAUAUCUGGCUGUUUUCAAAGAGGGUUUUCAGUAGGAGGAUCACACAUGUGCCCAUUUUUUUAGGGUGCACAGGGUCAGGUAAAGGAUAUGGGUUGCUAUUGUAUUCCCCCCCAACACAUGCGCACACACCAGCACUCCCCCCUAGCUAUUGUGAAUCGAUGAGCCCUUAAUGAUCAAAACUGCACUAAAACAAUCAUGCCAGCCAACCUUUGUCAGUUUCUUUUUCAUAAGAAUUACAGUAGACUGACCACCACUUAGUAUUCCAAAUCAGUGGAUGUAUUAUUGGGAUAGAAACACACUUAGAGAGCACAGAUCACCAUUUCUUAGACACACAGACUCGUAAAAACCACUCACUAUUAACGCAAACACAUCCCCAGUGCCCAACUGAAUUCAAAGGGAAGUCUUAAAUAUAGACAAUCUGAGGAGGCCUUUAUGCUUUUAAUCAUUUUAUAUCAUUAGCCCAUAUAUAUUCAGACUGAUUCAGUUAUCUCCUGUUAAAAAGUCAAAUUAAAUUCACCCAUCCAACCUCACAAAAUAACUGGACUGCCUGGCCAUGUUCUUCACUGCAGGGAAACACAACAUAGUUGGCCAACGACUGGCGACCAUCUCAUCAGCUUCGUAGAGAGAACUAGCUCCGCUGAGUAAGACGUUAACGAUGGCUAAGGUGAUUUCUUUUCUAAUCUAUGGAAGUGCCUCUGUAUUCCCAUUAUGCAAUUUGUCAAACAUGAAUUCAGGUUCUUUUUCUCACAUAUAAGCUAUAGUGAAUGGUGAAAAAUUUAUGUCAGGAGAGGGAAAAAAAACGGUGACAGCUCACUAGAUAAUCGCAAGCAUCUUUAUAUAUAAUACACAUAUAUAUUUAUAGAUAUAUACAUUUUUUUUAUUUGCAAGAUAAGCUCUGUGGCAGUCUAGUUAUUUUUUGAAGCAUGGCGUACAUCGCACAGUCAUAGGAUGCAUCUCAAAAACUGCUGAUUUGAGCUAAAGUACCAGUCUCCAAACCCACACUCGCAUUAAAUGACAUAAUAGAAAAGGAAAUCCAUGGCAAACACAACAAUAGAUACAUAGACAGUGAUGAUAAUGUAGUUGAGGAUUUAAAAAAAAGAACAGAUUAGGUUUUGUUGUUUUCUUUCUUGUUUUGAUGGGAAGUAUUGUUCUUGAAACUAAAUGAUGUAUGUUGAUUGAGCCAUGUGCAAUGCCUUGGUAGAGGAAUUGUGUUUGUUUGUUAGCGAUUGUUUGAGGGUGUCGCGAGAAAAGAGGGAAAACCCUCUAUGUUUUCUUUUUUUUUUUUUUUUUUGUUCUUCAAGUCCACAUGCUCUGGGACUCUAAAUAUGAGGGCAGCGAGAAAAAAAUCCCAGUCUUUGUAAGUAAGUUUGGGGAAACUGUUUUUAAUUUCCUUUUGGUUUUUUUUGUUUUGUUUUUUUUUUGUUUUUCCUUUUAUCACUUUUUUAAACAAAAAAUUCAUUUCUGAUAAUUUGUUUUCAAAAUGUGGGAGGGCUGAAGGAACAAUUUUGCAACUCAUAAAAUAUAUAUCACUAUGAAAACUGGUGCUUUCGUAAAGAAUAAACUACAUUCAAUCUCUAUUAUACAUAAAUAAUAAUAAACGAAAUUAAGUGUUAUCAUAAAAGCAAAUUUUAGGAAAACAUGCAUUAUUCUAUUUCUCUUUUUUGUAUUUACCAAGGGGGGAGGGGUUCAUUGUAUGAAAAGGUUGUUGUGACAAAAGGCAUUUUUCCCCCCCAACCUUUACACCACAGCAGAGAAAUACAAAAAGAAAAAAACAAAAGAAAAAAAAAACAUCUUUUUCCAGACUGUAUCAUCUUGUGUCCGACACAAGUGAGCCUAAUGUGGGACAAAGACAAGAUCUUCCCCAAUUUGGGAGAUGCACAAGUACGGAUUCCUGAAAAACAAAGCAAAACAAAAACAUCACUAGUGAUGAUAAUGAUGAUGUCUGGUGAGAUUUUCUUUUAAUUUGGUGCCGAUGUCUGGUUGGUUCAGUGAGAGGGAAUUAGAGACUUCAAGAUGCUGGGAUGCUGUCAUCAGUUCAAAUGAGAACGUGAACCCCCCCACCCCACCCCCACCCCCUCCCCUCCCUUACCCCCCACCCCCCACCCCCACCCGAUUUCCCACUGUAAAUGAUUAUAAAUAUUUGUUUGGUGAUGUAGUGUUAUAGACUCAGAGCAUCUUAAAGGUUGUCCCUAAAAAGUGCCUUUUGUUCACAGAUUCCAUCUUGUAAUCCUGAGUGCCCAUCUCAAAAGAAAAAAAAGUCCCCUCCUUCAUACUUCUAUAUCUUUCUCUUCCUCUUCUUCAAGCUUUUUAAAGCAGUAUACAUAGUACUAAAGGAAAUUGGUGUGAUUUAGUUCCUCUUUUUAUUGUUGAAUAAUUAAGAAAAGCUGAAAAAAAGACAAAAAAAAGAAGAUAUUUUCUGUCUUGCUUCUCUUCCUCUGUAUCUUGUCUUCUGUCUAUCUUGGACACUGGAGUAGUCUGUAGCUGCGUAACCUUCUCCUUCCUCCCUUCCCUCCUUUUCUCCUUUCUCCCUUUCUCUGAACGGCGGGGUUAAAAAAAAAAAGAAUACGCAAAGAUUUUUUUGUCUGAGCAGAAUGCAGUUAGCUCACAUGUUAUUCUUGUCUGUACGCUUCACAUUGUAUUACCAUACCCAUCUUCUUCAGCUUCUCCAUUCAACAGCUAAUGUAAGUGAACAAGUUACACCACGGGGCUCUGGGCUGUGCUGAGGACAGGGGCUGGGUAUUAGGGCAACAAAAUAGUUUUCCCCCCUGGGAGUGGUCAAUGUCAAAUGAACCCUGGUGGAGGGAUAAAAGCACUCACGGGAACUUUAGGUUUUGGACUUUGGCGAGGGAGAUGACUGGUAGGACAGCUAGAAUAGGCAGGUUUGUUUGUAAUCCUUGUUUCUAUCUAUUUAUUUUUUUUAUAAUUGAAUUUGGAUUUGCUUUUUGAUUACUUUUUUGUCAUUGUUACUGCGUAUCUUAGGCAGCAGUAAGAUGCUGUGUUGAGACCUUCAAUUAUGCACCUUUCUAGUGGUUGACUGAGACCAGCUGUUUAAAAAAAAAAGGAAAAAAAUGAAACUGAAAAAUAACUCGAAGCACCUUAUAAGCGGACAGGUUCCACAGCAUGGAUACUGAGAGGCUCAGAUUUAGCACAAUCAUUAGAAAUGUUACACAUUGUUUCACAAUGUUAUAUUGAAUCACCACCAUUGACCAAAGUGAUAUGGUUCCAAAAGCUGUAAAACUAGUAGACUUUGGUGACUUAUAGAGAAAGCACCUUGAAAUUCCACCAGCAAAAAUAAAGUGAUUAAAGAUUUAUUUGUUUUGUUUUGCAAAAAAAAAAAAAAACAUUUAUACAUAUGCAACUCUUUAUUUUUCUUCAUCAAACAAAUGAAGCCAGCAGCAGUAUUAUCAAUCAAGCCUUGGUGAAAGCACCACAGCUGAGAAGCCAUAUCAGAGAGGAACAGGUUGCAUGGAGCAGAGUGUGUGUGUGGUUUGUUGAAGGAUGGUAUCUUUAGUAUCUGCCCCUGCACUGUUCAAAGAGCCCGGUCAGACCCUGUGGCCGAACCGUCCGCGUUUUUUUUUUUUUUUUUUUUUUUUCCUUUGUUUGUUUUUAACACGUUUUGUAGGACGCUGGGCCGUGUUUAGAGAUGUGUAGACUGAGCCCCCUGGCCGGCCUAUCCCCUCACCUCUGGCCCGUAACCCCUCCCAUGAUGAGUGCCCCUCCUCCUCCUCCUCCUCCCCUCAGAACAGUGUCCCAUCCUCAGACACACCUCCCAGAGCCCAUGGUGAAAUGCAUGUGUUAAUUACAGUUUCUUUUCCAUAAUAAUAAUAAAAAACAGUUUGAAAAGAGCAACACCUUUACUUGAUUGAAUAAAAGGAUGUUCUUGACUGUA